GUUGAACACACCAACCGGAACUUAACGUGUUUGACUGUUUCGUGGCUCCAUAGACCGGUUUGAUUGACGUGUAUCAGUAGUGAAUCCUUGCAGCAGAUAUGAGGACUGUGUUCAUGGUGGCUGAGAAGCCCUCUCUUGCUCAGUCUAUUGCCAAAAUCCUCUCUAAAGGUAGCUGUUUAACCCGGAAGGGACUGAACGGAGCAUGCUCAGUCCACGAGUACACUGGAAACUUCGAGGGCCAAAACAUGAGGUUCAAGAUGACAUCAGUGUGCGGACACGUCAUGAGUCUGGACUUCAUCGGAAAAUAUAACAACUGGGAUAAAGUCGAUCCAGCCGAGCUGUUCAGUAAAGCACCGACUGAGAAGAAGGAAGCAAACCCCAAACUAAAUAUGGUCAAAUUCCUUCAGGUUGAAGCUAAAGGUUGUGAUUAUGUUGUCCUGUGGUUGGACUGCGAUAAAGAAGGAGAAAACAUUUGUUUUGAGGUGUUGGAUGCCAUUCAGCCGUUUAUGAAUAAAUCUUACGGUCAUGAGUGUACCGUGUACCGGGCCAAGUUCAGCUCCAUCACAGACACUGAUAUCUGCAACGCAAUGAACCGACUCGGAGAGCCCAACAAGAACGAAGCUUUGUCUGUAGACGCACGUCAAGAACUGGACCUCAGAAUCGGCUGCGCUUUCACACGUUUCCAGACCAAGUACUUCCAGGGAAAAUAUGGGAAUUUGGACUCCUCUUUGAUUUCCUUCGGCCCCUGUCAGACCCCCACACUGGGUUUCUGUGUGGAUCGUCAUGAUAAGAUCCAGUCCUUCAAACCCGAGUCAUACUGGGUUGUUCAGGCAAAGGUUUUUAAGGGGAAGGACAGCCCGCUCACAUUGGACUGGGACCGUGUGCGAGUAUUUGACCGUGAUGUUGGUCAGAUGUUUGUCAACAUCGCAAAAACAGCAAAGGAGGCUAAGGUUGAUUCUGUGACGAAGAAGGAGAAAGCCAAGCAGAGACCUCUUGCAUUAAACACAGUGGAGAUGUUAAGAGUCGGCAGCUCUGCUUUAGGAAUGGGUCCCCAGCACACUAUGCAGAUAGCAGAACGUCUCUACACGCAGGGUUACAUCAGCUACCCUCGUACAGAGACUACACAUUACCCUGAGAACUUUGACCUCAAGAGCACCCUCAGACAACAGGCCAACAGCUCCUUCUGGGGCGAAACGGUUAAAGCUCUGAUCUCAGAGGGCAUUAACAGGCCGAGGAAAGGGGCGGAUGCUGGAGAUCACCCACCGAUCACACCUAUGAGAGCGGCGUCUGAGAGCGAGCUGGGGAGUGACGGUUGGCGUCUGUACGAUUACAUCACACGUCACUUCAUAGCGACGGUCAGCCACGACUGUAAAUUUCUCCAGACCACGAUAUCUUUCAGUAUCGCCACAGAGACGUUCACAUGCACCGGAAAGACGCUCAUUUCUGCUGGGUACACUGAGGUGAUGCCCUGGCAGGGUAUUCCACUGGAAGAGGCUUUACCCGUGUGUGAGAGAGGAGACACUUUUACAGUGGACGAGAUCAAACUGCUGGAGAAACAAACCAAUCCACCAGAUUACCUCACUGAGGCCGAGCUCAUCACACUGAUGGAGAAACACGGCAUCGGUACGGAUGCCAGCAUCCCUGUCCACAUUAACAACAUCUGCCAGAGGAACUACGUGACUGUUGAAACUGGCCGUAAACUCAAACCCACCAACCUGGGAAUUGUUCUGGUUCACGGUUACUAUAAAAUUGAUGCAGAUUUGGUCUUGCCCACUAUCCGGAGCGCUGUGGAGAAGCAGCUGACUCUGAUCGCUUUAGGAAAAGCAAACUUUGAUCAGGUCUUGCAGCACACUCUGGAUAUAUUCAAGAGGAAGUUUCACUACUUUGUGGACUCGAUUUCUGGUAUGGAUGAAUUAAUGGAGGUGUCGUUCUCUCCGAUCGCUGCCACGGGGAAGCCACUGUCUCGAUGUGGCAAGUGCCAUCGCUUCAUGAAAUACAUACAGGCUAAACCCAGUCGCCUGCACUGCUCGCACUGCGAUGAGACCUACAGUUUACCACAGAACGGAGCAAUAAAACUGUACAAGGAGCUGAGGUGUCCUCUAGAUGAGUUUGAGCUGGUGCUCUGGACGUCAGGAUCUCGAGGCAAAAGCUACCCUGUGUGUCCAUACUGCUUCAGCAAUCCUCCCUUUAGAGACAUGAAGAAAGGAAUGGGCUGUAAUGAAUGCACCCACCCGUCCUGUCAACACUCCCUCAACUCUCUCGGCAUUGGUCAGUGCGUCGAAUGCGAGACGGGCGUCCUCGUCUUCGAUCCCACCCCUGGGCCGAAGUGGCGCAUGUCUUGCAACAAAUGCAACGUGGUGGUGCAUUUCUUCGAGAACGCACAUAAAGUACAGGUGUCCCAGGACAGCUGCGAGUCCUGCGAAGCCUCCCUGGUCUCUGUGGACUUUAAGACGCGCUCGCCGUUUCCUGACGGUGAUACUCAGCACACCGGCUGCGUGUUUUGCGACCCUGCGUUCCAGGAUCUUGUGGAGUUGAAACACGCGACCAUGCGGCAUCCUAUGCACCGGGCAGGAGGGGCACGGAGAGGGAGGGGGAAGGGACGAGGGAGGAGACCGGUGGGGAGAGGGAAUCCUAAAAAACCCAAGGAUAAAAUGGCAGCGUUGGCUGCGUAUUUUGUAUAGAAGUGUCUGUUGUGUAGUAAAACUCAAAGCCAUGUUAACAAAACAAAUGAGCAAUAACAGCAAUAAAGUUUUAGUUUAAAACUGUCAUCUGUGUUUCUGUGUCUUUGAAUGAUUAUAUGCGAUACAUUUACAUGCAAUACAAGACAUUUCAGACAGCCGUUUCGUAGGAUUGUCCAUGUGUGUAGUAUGUUUGAUGGCUAGCAGAAAGAUACUAACACACAGCUGCAGAAAAAUCAUUUCAAAUAAACAUUUCCCUAGAUGUAUUGUGGUCAUUCCAGUCCCGUGUCUGUUG